GAACCGUAAACAUACCGCGAUACGGUUUAAUUUACAUGGAGACCAUGAACGUGGCAUGGAAACGUCCUGCAGUUUCUCAUUGGUCGGUCGUGCGCUGUUUUGACCACGUGACCCGGAAAAUGGCUGCCUCUGCCCGGAGUGGAAACGUUGAGGACAGCAUCCUAGAGCCUCUGUGUUUCCCGGAGGAUGCUACGGGCUGCUCCGGUUCUGCCGGUGCUGAGCAGCUGCUGCUGUGUCUCUUCUGCCCCGAGUCGGUCCCCCUGCAGCAGAAGGACGUGCUCCUCAAACACCUCCUGCUGGAGCACAAGCUGGUCAUCGCCGACGUCAAGCUGGUGGCCGAUCUCCCCAAGUACACCUCCUACUGGAGGCGGCGCUUGCAGGAGCAGCCGCUCACCGACUUCUGCAGCGUCAUCAAGACCAACUCGCAGGGCCCAGUCGAGAAGCAGGAGGACUACUUCCUGCUGUGUGACGUCCUGCCGGAGGACCGGGUCCUCCGAGAGAAGCUGCAGCAGACGCGUCUGGUGGAGGUGCUGGAGCAGCAGCAGCGAGAGAGAGAAGACCGAAGCUUCCAUCGUCUCUGCAUGUUCUGCAGCGAGGAGUUCUCUGGAAACAGGUCGUCUCUGCUGAACCACAUGGCCAGAGAACAUUCCUUCGGCAUCGGGCUACCGGACAACAUCGUCUACUGCGACCAGUUCCUGGAGGUCCUGCAGUGCAAACUGGACAAUCUGCAGUGUUUGUACUGUGAGAAGACCUUCAGGGACAAAACCACGCUGAAGGACCACAUGAGGAAGAAGGCUCACCGCCGCAUCAACGCUGGCAACAGCGCCUACGACCGCUUCUACGUCAUCAACUACCUGGAGCUGGGGAAGACCUGGGAGGAGGUGCAGAGUGAGGACGACCGGGAGCUGCUGGAGGAGGACGAGGAUUGGUCAGACUGGAGGUCUCACCCGGUUUCUGCCGUCUGUCUCUUCUGUGAAGACCAGUCGGAGACCAUGGAGCAGAUCUACGCACACAUGAAGGAGGCUCAUGGCUUCGACCUCCACGGCCUCCGGACCAAGCUCAACCUUCGCUUCUACCAGCAGGUCAAACUGGUGAACUUCAUCCGGCGGGAGGUCCACCAGGGACGCUGCUACGGCUGCCAGGAGACCUUUGGGUCCAGAGACGGCGUGCUGCGGCACAUGGAGGUCAAAGGUCACACCAUGACGCUGCCUGACGCGUCCGCCUGGAAUCAGCCGCAAUAUUACUUCCCCACGUACGAGAACGACGGCCUCCUGUGCUCGCUCUCCGACAGCGAGGACGACGAGGAGGAGGCGCGUAGCAGAGAGGAGGUCCAGGUGAUCGCCGAGGACGUCUCAGACCUCAGAGCGCUGAAGGAGAGCAGCGUCCUGAACCAGCUGGUGAGGAGCAGGAGCUCCUGCAGCUAGGAAGAGGAGGAGGAGCAGCUUCCCUUUAAUAAGUGGCUACUUGUUCUUUCUCGGCUCCUCCUCGUAUGGACAGAAAGAGGCGUUCAGGGACACGGCGCCCUGCUGGGAAUCAAAGGACUUUGACACAAU